AUGUCGUUCCAUCAUGCCUCUGAAAAAUCAGUACCCUUUCUACACACUCAGGAAUCUUUUGUUCAAGAGAAUAAUGAAUUAAGCGAGAGUUUCAUCUCGCUCGGAAGGAAUGAUUCUUUUCGUCAUUCCCUUCAUCCUAUUCCAUCAUCACCCUCAAACGCUCAUCGUUUGAAUACCGCUCCAUACACGACUACUGAUGAAGACUAUCAAUUACCAGCCAUCCGUAAUGCCGAAAAGAUCAAGAAAUAUUUAUCAAAGCUUUAUAAGGCUACUCUCGGGAAUAGGCGAUUGAGGAUAUUUCUUUACCGAUUAUUGAAAAUCAUAACAAUCACUUACAUCCAAGCCAAUAAUGUUUUGGGAUCCGCAGACACUUCUGCAGUACGACUAGUCCUUAAAAUCAUUUCCUAUAUUUUCAUGGCACUUUUGUGUUUCAUCACGUUAGCACGAUAUGUUCGCGAAUUGACGGCAGUUGCAAAGAAAAAACCUCUCUCCAUUUGGUUGAAUUGGAUGGAAGCGUUGCUUUUUUGUCUGUAUUUAGUAUAUUCCAUACUCACAGCUGUAUUUCAUAUCAUGUUUGCUGUCUCGUGGUAUGAAGUUGAAAAGGUUAAAACGAACCAUGAAAUAUCACUCAAUCAACAGUUAUCAGUGUUUGUCAUGUUUGUGCUGCUCUAUGUUUACAACGCUUUGGAAAUAGGCUCUCAUUACAUUCAUUCUGGUCACAGUGUUUCUAUUUUCCUAACUCAAGCAAAACCAAUUCCGAGAAGAGAGACCAAGAUCAUCCUUAAUGAAACAAAUUCAAAUGGCAUAGGCACCGCCAAUCAUCCUUUUUUGCAAUCAAUUGACUUGAAAGACGCACGUCGUUUCACGGAAGAAAAAUACCUGUUCAACAAUAGAGCAGACAGGUCCAGAAGCAGGUAUUUCGCUGAAGAAGAUAAUGAAGAAGAGGAGGAAGACAAUUAUAUUCCAACCGCAAUAAGAAACCAGCAACUGUGGAGACAUCAACUGAACCUUGGAACCAUUUCAACUCUCGCUAGUACACUUUAA